UGGCCACACUCUGCUCGCAAACAGCACCAAAAUCGGACGUUGUCGCGAAAAGUGCAAUUCGGGUUAUUUUUUUGCAAACAAACUGGGAGAGUGACGUGACGGAGGUGUCGGGUGACGAGUGUGUGCGCUGCAUUUGUUUACGAUUCCGCUGGCCAAGGGCGCGAAGAGGAGGAGCGGCGCGGGAGGAGAGCAGGACGCACGCAACGUGCAACACUGUGUGCGUGCGUUUGUUUGUUUGUUUGCGUGCCGAAAAUACAACAAGUGCAAGCAACAACAGCAGCAGCAGCAGCAGCAGCAACAACAACAACGCGGCGACUCCUUGUGGAAGCGAGACAGCAGCAACAACAGGAGCAGGUAUGACGGAGGAAAUAACCGGCGAUUGGAGCUAUUACGUGUAUAUAUCGCUGGCGCUGGUUCCAGUCUAUUUGGCAUUUCGGCUCAUUAAGUCACUGGGCUGGCAGCUCUUCGUCAACAACUGAGCAAACAUCUGAGGCCGAAACUGAAGUUGCAGCCGUCGCCAGGAGAGUCCGUCGAGGAAAAGUCGAACAGCCAAAGCCGUAGAGCCUGAUAUAUAUGUGUAUAUAUUUCGAAAAAAUGCAAUAAAUGGGCAGCGAGGACUAGAAAGCGGCAGAGGAGUGAUAAACCGGGGUCCAGCAGCUGCCAGGAUUGCAGGGAUUGCCAGGAUCGUGUUGUGCUGUGUUGUGUUGGCCG